AUGGAGCGUCAGGACACUUUCGUGGACGCCGCGGUGCUGGACUUCGUGGCCGAUCUCUCCCUGGGGUCCCCCGGAGGCCCCCUUCUCUAUGACCUUGGCUCCGGGGGGGCCCUGGAGGAGCGGGCCAUGGGCCUCCGAGGGGGCAUGGCCCGGGGCCUGCAGUCCUUCGAGGAAGAGGACGAGGGGGAAGAGGAGGAUGAAGAAGACGAAGAGGAGGAAGGUGAGGGAGACGGAGAGGGAGAUGGAGGAGAGGAAGGGGAGCCCCUACGGGGUGCCUCACUACUUCUGGGACGCCCCAAGAGGAAAAGGGUGAUAACCUUAGCCCAGCGACAAGCCGCCAACAUCCGCGAGAGGAAGAGGAUGCUCAAUCUCAACGAAGCCUUCGACCAGCUAAGGAAGAAGGUGCCCACCUUCGCCUACGAGAAGCGCCUGUCGCGGAUCGAGACCUUGCGCCUGGCCAUAGUGUACAUCUCCUUCAUGACGGAGCUGCUGGCCAGCUGCGAGAAGCAGGAGGCGAGCCGGGGAGCCCGGCCUUAGUGAGAAAGAGCGCCACGACGACACAGGGCCGGCGACUUAAAGCUGAGGAGGGCAUUUCGGCGGCAGACUCAGGGUGGGUCUCGGAGAUUGAACAUUUGGCUUCCUAGGCCGGCAAUAAACACACCCGGGAAAACUUCUGGAUAGCCUAGCGCGCCCCGCAACCGCCCUACUGCCCAAAGCCCAGCUCACCCCGAAACUGUAGACUAGAUUUAACACCUGCCAAUAUCUGUGUGUGUGUGAGUGGCGUGGGGAGAAGGGAGCUUCCCUCUCUCCGACGCGGGGCUGCUUCGGAAGAGCGUUGAGGUACUCCUUUGCACUGGCCCGGGCUCGCUCACCGGACCGGCAUUGGAGGAUGGAGGCUGCUGGGUGGGAUGGAGCUGGGGUCCGAGCUCCGCUCAACACUCCGGUCUCGC